AUGGUGGCUGGAGCUAGAAUUCAGGCUGUGGAUUUUUCAAGUGCUCCACAUGUCACCUGGUGGAUGACUUGUGCUGCUUGCUCUGUUCAAAGGGUUUCUAAAGGCUCCAAGGCAAAGGCAGAGUUUGCAGAGCUGGAGGAAAGUUGGGCUCGGUCCAGCACUGUGACCUCUAUGAAAACUAAAACUAAAUCACAGAUAGGUUGGAAGAUACGCAGGUAUGGAAAUCUCACAGUGGUUGAUGUAGAUGGUGGGCAUCCAACAGAUGAUGGCCCUUAUUCAAAAGGGAGCAAAGACUCGGGAGGGCUGGACACAGCAUUAGUUUCAAGAAGGCAGAGUAUUCCAGAGGAAUUCAGAGGAGUCACAAUUGUGGAGCUGAUCAAAAAAGAAGGAAGCACCCUUGGAUUAACGAUAUCUGGUGGUACAGAUAAAGAUGGGAAGCCGAGAGUCUCCAAUCUGAGACCAGGAGGGCUGGCAGCAAGGAGCGAUCAGCUAAAUGUAGGCGAUUACAUCAAGUCAGUGAAUGGGAUUAAUCUGACCAAACUGCGGCAUGAUGAAAUCAUAAGCCUGUUGAAGAACGUGGGAGAAAGGGUGGUACUGGAGGUAGAAUAUGAGCUGCCCCCAGCUGCUCCAGAGACCAGUGCUGGCAUUAUUCCAAAGACCAUUGAAGUGACUCUGUACAAAGAAGGCAACAGUUUUGGAUUUGUGCUACGAGGAGGAGCCCACGAAGACUGGCACAAAUCCAGGCCAUUAGUAUUGACGUAUGUUAGGCCAGGUGGCCCGGCAGACAGGGAAGGGUCUCUGAAAAUUGGGGACAGGCUGUUAAGCGUUGAUGGGAUCCCCCUCCACAGUGUGAGUCAUGCCGAUGCCCUGAACAUCCUACGUCAGUGCAACCAGGAGGCCCUCUUCCAGAUCGAAUAUGAUGUCACCAUAAUGGAUACGGUAGCCAAUGCUUCAGGCCCUUUGUUGGUGGAAAUAGCAAAGACUCCAGGUUCUGCCCUCGGAAUCUCUCUGGCAACUAGUACCCAUCGGAAUAAGCAGGUCAUAGUAAUUGACAAGAUCAAGCCAGCCAGUGUGGUGGACAGAUGUGGAGCAUUGCAUGUUGGUGAUCACAUCCUUUCCAUUGAUGGCACCAGCACAGAACACUGUUCGUUAUUAGAGGCUACCCAGCUUUUAGCUGCAACAUCAGAAAAUGUAAAAUUGGAGAUACUACCUGCUCAUCAGAGCAGACUCCCUCUCAAGCCUCCAGACACGGUCAAAGUGCAAAAGAGUGACCACCACCAUUGCUGGGAUCCUUGUGUCAGCUAUUGCCACACUCACCAUCCAGGGCAUUGCAAGACGCCCACCUGGAACCAGACUUCCAGCCAAGAUUAUUGCAAAUCUCUUGUAGCUGCCAAUUUUUCAUCUCCCACAAUGAACACAUCAGGGUUUGCCUGCCAGAAUUCCAAUACUCUACCUCGGAGCAACCAUACCAUGAGCCCACGGGCCACGAUGCUGAGGAGAAGACAAAGGAAGAAGGAGCACAAAAGUUCACUGUCACUGGCUUCUAGCACGGUGGGCCCUGGUGGGCAGAUUGUUCAUACGGAAACAACAGAGGUGGUUCUAAGAGGAGACCCCUUGAAUGGCUUUGGACUGCAGCUUCAAGGGGGGAUCUUUGCUACUGAAACCCUCUCUUCACCCCCCCUCAUCCGAUUUAUUGAGCCUGACAGCCCAGCAGAAAGAUGUGGCCUCCUACAAGUUGGAGACAGAGUACUUUCCAUCAACACUAUUGCAACAGAAGAUGGGACAAUGGAAGAAGCCAACCAGCUCUUGCGGGAUGCAGCACUUACUAACAAGGUUGUGCUGGAGGUUGAAUUUGAUGUGGCAGAAUCGGUCAUUCCUAGCAGUGGUACCUUUCAUGUGAAGCUACCCAAGAAACGAGGAGUAGAGCUGGGAAUUACCAUCAGCUCAAGUAGAAAACCUGGGGAGGCUUUAAUUAUCUCCGACAUCAAGAAGGGGAGCGUGGCACACAGAACUGGCACCUUAGAGCCUGGGGACAAGCUGUUAGCCAUUGACAAUAUCCGACUUGACAACUGCUCAAUGGAAGAUGCGGUACAGAUUUUAAAGCAGUGUGAAGAGCUGGUCAAACUGAAGAUCAGAAAGGAUGAGGACAACUCUGAUGAACAAGAAACAACUGGUGCCAUCAUCUACACAGUGGAACUGAAGAGAUAUGGUGGGCCCUUGGGAAUAACCAUUUCAGGGACAGAGGAACCUUUCGAUCCAAUCGUCAUCUCAGGCCUGACAAAACGAGGACUGGCAGAAAGAACUGGAGCCAUACAUGUAGGAGACCGGAUAUUAGCUAUUAAUAAUGUAAGCCUUAAGGGGAAGCCACUGAGCGAAGCCAUUCAUCUUCUCCAAAUGGCUGGAGAGACUGUAACGCUAAAGAUCAAGAAACAAACUGAAAGAAUUUAUCCAAAAAAGUCCACGAGUAUGAAUGAAGUAAGUGACCCAGAAGAUGAUCUGACUGACUCUCAGAAAACUAGUAAACUUUCUGAGAUUUAUUCUGCCACAAUCCCCAGUGUGGACAGCGCAAUGGAAUCCUGGGAUGGUUCUGGCAUUGAUGCAGGUUAUGGAAGCCAGGGUACUUACAUACCUCAGGCUGUUGGUAUUGCUCUUCAUCCACAUGAGUGGAGAUCCAGCAGACAGAAAAGCAGCACCCCUCCUGGGGAUCCUAGGAAGAGUUACCCAUUUAUGGAUGGCACUUUCAGUGAGGAAGACUGGGAGAAGCCCAGCAGAUACCCCAACCGCCAAAACGGCCUUGAGACCGCACAUGAGGAUAAUUUUUGGCGUGUUUUUGGAGAAGCUUUGGAAGACUUGGAAACAUGUGGCCAGUCUGAACUUUUGAGGGAGAUUGAGGCAUCCAUCAUGACUGGGAGUGUCCAUAAUCUGGGUCUUGAUGGGGGCAAGUUGCUCAUGAACUCUGUUAACCAGUCAGGACUGAGCCCAUCAAGGAAAGGGAACUCUAAGAGCUCAGGUGAAGGACAGGGCCACAGCAAUGUCACUCCCACCAAGAAAAAUGAGAGGAAUUUGGAACUCAAGAUGAUGAAGGAAGAGAUUCAGGAAAUCAUGUCUCCCACUCCUCUUGAACUGCACAAGAUGACUCUCUACAAGGAUCCAGAGACUGAAGACUUCGGAUUCAGUGUCUCAGAUGGCUUGCUAGAAAAAGGUGUCUAUGUUAACAUGAUCCGUCCAGAAGGGCCAGCAGACCAGUGUGGCCUCAAGCCCUAUGACAGAGUCCUUCAGGUCAAUCGCAUCCGAACAAGAGACUUUGAUUGCUGUUUAGCUGUUCCCCUGAUAUCCGAGGCAGGAGACAAACUGGACCUAGUUAUCAGCCGAAACCCCCUUGCCUUUGCUGCCAAUGCCCAGUUAGAUGACCAUGGAAAUUUAUCUGGCCAGUCAUCUGUUGGUGUGGAAGUCAAGGCCAACAUGCAGACGCUCUGAAUAGUAGCCUUGUUAUCAGCUGUCCUUGAGAUUCUGCAAAGGACCUGCUGGGUAUCUCUCGCCUUUUUUUCCAGUUUUCUGUUUUUCUUUUGCACUGGUUUUUGUGGUUACUCUUUGUAGCAUAACUUGCUAGUGGGUCUCCAGUUAGCCAUGUCUUGAAGCCUAUCAGGCUUGGCCUUGAUGUGCCAAUGAAGAACUUUUGCCUUGGGCUAAUGCAAAUGAUGGAAUGCUCUGCUGGCCACAGAAAGCAGCAUCCAGUGUAUCUCAUCUGUGGGAGAACAUCUUUCUCCAGUCCAUCACCCAUGGUAUGCCUGAGCUUCUCCAUUGCAUGAGCUAAUAGGAAAUGGGCCAUCUCUUUGCCCCAAUCUGAAGGGCUUGGACACAUGGUGCUAUUUUUUGUUGGUCGCUUUGUUAAAUUAUGUAAAGUUUUAAAAUAACCCCCUUGUUUCUGUGAAAGACGCCCCCCCCCCCGCACUAUCCCCAUGGCCUUUUCUCAAACAAUGGCAAGAACCUUGAAUCCCUUCCCCAAUUCACUCUCACUUUCUCACUGUACCCCACUGAAUUUUCCUUAAAACCAAGAGCAGAUUUCACUUGCAAGUUUUUCUAAACAUGAGCCCAUUGUCAGAGUUAAAAUCUCUUCCUCAACCACUCACACUUGAUCUUAGGGACACAGCUGAAGCACUUUGCCCGCUACUGGACUUAAGACAGAGUUUAUUUAUUGCAUUUUUAGAUGGCACUUAAUAUAAAACACAACAUGCAGGUGAAUAGCUGUCCUAGACCACCAAUCUUCUUGUUGCACGCACAGGGUACCAGUGAGUUCUUUUCUCACUGAAUCCCUGUCCUGUUCUUUAUGAAUAGAACAGCUACUGUUCUUUGCCCUUGAUUUUGUUUGUGUGUGUCCCGGGGGUGUUGGUGGUGGUGGUAAGCCUUGUAUCCCCUUGUCACCGUUGGCAUGAGACAUCCUCUGCUAGAUUGAUAUUGUGUCUCCCAGUGCACCCUCUGUGGGUCGUCUUAGUGCAAGUACAAGUGUGUACGUUUGUAUCACAUGAUGAUGAGGUCUGACACUCUGUUGUAGCCAUUCCUAGCAGCAGCCCUAAGUUUUCAAUAGUUACCUUCUCCAUGGCUUGUAAACAUGAUGCAUUUGUGAUCCUCUGCCCUGUACCCGGCAUCUUCCUCCUCCAACCAAAUACCUGCCAUGUAGUGAUAAAUAGGUGUGAUACUCAUAUUGUUUAGGUGACCUGCUUGCAGCAAAACAGUUGAAAUGCAACCAAGGCCAUGAUCUCUUCCUUGUAUGUCUUGCUUCAUGGCAAACAAAUUGCUGGGUCUUGCAAAUCUCUCUCUGGCCAGUACAGUUGCCUGUGCCAGAGUUUCUGGAAUAGCACUUUAUUGUGGUGAUUUCUGAUGGACCCUGCUUGGGAAUUUGAGUAAGUCCUUGAUCUGAGGAACUGGCCUCUGUUCCUUUGUAUCCUCUAUGAUGUUUUCUUCUUCUUUUUUUGUACCAUCUGAUGCAUAUUAAGGAGCCCUGUUUUGAUACAAGUUGGAAGCCUUCUCUGUUAGAUCAUGGCUAGGCCAGGAGUAGUUCCCAAGCCAGGCUAUGACUGUGUCUACUUUUUUUGCUCUUCCACUUCCUGGGCCAUUAUAAAGUAUCUGUGAUCCCUUAAGAUGUGCAUGGAGUCCCAACGGGCUGUUUCUAGAUGUAGCCAUUCUCUCUUUGCAAAGUAUGCAAUAGUCCAUACCAUUGCUGCCAUAACCUAGAUAACGUGCCAUAAAAAGAAAACUGCAGAGCAUCAACAGUUGAGCAGAAAAGGGGGUUUUAUAUGCAAUAUUCUCAAAAUGGCAGAAGCUCAAAUGUGGCUUCAAAUAGGUUUUUAAUGAAGACUUUUAAUAAGGCUUUAAAAAAAAACAAUUGGUCCUUGUAUCCCUUCCUAUGCAUUUUGAAUGAUAUGAAAAUGAAAUGCAUUACUUAAAUGUGUAUUUUUAUCUAUAUAUUAGAGUGUAUUCCUUGUAAAGUAUUUUUAUAUGCUAAUUUUCUUAUGUAUCUAUGAAAGCACAAUAUUCAAAGAAUA